UGCACUUCCAGUUUCCAAUGUCGUGGAAGGAAAAUUAUGUUAAAGAAUGGAAUUGACCAAACAGCUGAUUUAAUUUAAGGAUUUGCAUUUAAUAUCCAUGUGGAUAAGAAGAAAGUUCAAAGUAUGAUGCAGACUUCAUGUCUUGAAGAAGAUUAAAAACAUGGUUGGCUAUAAUCCACAAAAUGAAAUUCACCUGUCCCAUAAAGAGUUUGCUUUUGCUGGGGCUCUCAGUGGUGCCAUUUCCAGAGUGGUUGCACAACCAUUGGAUGUUCUGAAGAUUAGAUUUCAGCUUCAGGUAGAUCCAAUCCAGCAAUCUCAGGGGUCACUCUAUCAAGGUUUAAUCCAUGCUGUCAGGAAGAUAGCUGUUGAGGAAGGAAUAUCAGCAUUUUGGAAAGGCCAUGUACCUGCUCAGGCGUUAUCCAUUUUCUAUGGUAUAGCUCAGUAUACAUUUUUUGAGGCUCUGACUAAAGGAUCAUGGUACUUGAUGCCUGAAUCUCUGAAUGCUGAAUGGCGUCCAGUUACUCACACUGUGUGUGGAGGCCUGUCGGGCUGUAUCUCGACAUUUGUUGUACAACCCAUUGAUGUUAUUCGAACUCGAUUUGUUGCACAAGGAGGAACCAAGAUUUACUUUAAUGUAUAUCAAGCGUUUUUUCACAUUGCACAUCAAGAGGGUGUUCGAGGUUUUUACAGGGGACUAACUCCUGCCCUGUUGCAAAUAGCUCCACAGAUGGGAUUGCAGUUUGGUCUCUAUUCUUUCUUUACUCUAAUGUGGGACAAUAUUAAAGGCACAACAUCUUUCAAAAUACCAGGCCCUGUGGAAAGUUUUUUCUGUGGUACUGGAGCAGGAUUUCUCUCAAAGAUGAUCGUCUACCCACUUGACGUAAUCAAGAAGAGACUUCAGAUUCAGGGUUUUGAGAAAGCACGAAAAAACUUUGGUACAUUCCAUACAUACUAUGGGUUUUUGCACUGCUGUCGGCAUAUUGUGCUAAAUGAGGGAAUUCGUGGACUAUAUAAAGGACUGUUACCAAGUGUUUUAAAAGCUGGCGUGGUGUCUGGCACAAUUUUUUGUGUGUAUGAUCAGAUCAUAGCUGUUCUUAUUCUAUUACAUAGAUAAUUGUCAUAGACCUUGUUUUGCCAAUCUCACAGGUGGUGAAACGUUUUAUAGAGCGAUAUAUUCCUAUGACUGUUAAGAUGGUAAAAAAAAGAUAAAAAAGAAGGCAUUUCAGUCAGUGUUGAGAUUUUACUGUUACCCGUUUUGCAGAAGUGAACAUAAUUUCAGGUAUUGGUAGAAGAACAUAACUAGUUUUUGCAUGAAAGGUCAAGGUUAUUUGACAGUAUAUGACAAAUGAGACAGUUUGAUGCCUCAUGGUAAGUGUUCAUUAGGCCUACAUCUUAACCUGAUAUUUUGUGCUUAAGAAUGUGAGCUCUCUGUGCAGGACAAAAGUGAAUUGUUAGUGAGACAGAAUUGAGUGUAGUGGCUUUAUGCCUCCCCACUGAGCUAUCAAUAAGCACUCAAUAUGUCAGCCACUGAGGCCAUGUUUACUAUUUCUCAUACAAUGGCUGUAAUAUAACAAGACUAUGUCAUUGGUCAGUUAUUACAUACACCGGCCUUGGUGGCGUCGUGGUUAGGCCAUUGGUCUACAGGCUGGUAGGUAUUGGGUUCGGAUCCCAGUCAAAGCAUGGUAUUUUUAAUCCAGAUACCGACUCCAAACCCUG